AUGUCCGCCCGACCGGGAUUUUACCGGCAGGAGCUGAACAAGAUGUGGGAGGUUCCGGAGCGCUACCAGAACCUGACGCCGGUGGGCUCCGGAGCCUACGGCUCGGUGUGUUCGGCGUACGACGUGGUCUUAAGGCAAAAGGUUGCGGUGAAGAAGCUAUCCAGGCCUUUCCAGUCUCUCAUACAUAGUCGCCGCUCGUACCGGGAACUCAGGCUGCUCAAGCACAUGAAACACGAGAAUGUAAUAGGGCUGCUGGACGUCUUCACACCUGCUGCCACAUUAGAAGACUUCAAUGAACUCUACCUGGUGAACCUGAUGGGUGCAGACCUCAAUAACAUAGUCAAAUUUCAGAGGUUGUCAGAUGAACAUGUGCAGUUCUUAAUUUACCAGCUCCUCCGUGGCCUCAAGUACAUCCAUUCAGCUGGAUUGAUCCACAGAGACCUCAAGCCAAGCAAUGUGGCAGUGAACGAGGACUGUGAGCUUAGGAUCCUUGACUUUGGCUUAGCCAGGCAGACAGAUGAUGAGAUGACAGGAUAUGUGGCGACUCGCUGGUAUCGAGCACCAGAGAUCAUGCUGAACUGGAUGCACUACAAUCAGAAUGGUAAGGUUUGAUAUUGGUCAGUGGGAUGCAUUAUGGGAGAGCUGCUGAAGGGAAAAGUCCUUUUUCCUGGCACUGACUAUAUCGACCAGCUGAAGAGAAUCAUGGAGGUGGUGGGAACUCCGACGCCAGAGCUGUUAAAGAAGAUCUGUUCUGAACAUGCGCAGAAGUACAUCCAAUCACUGCCCUUCAUGCCCCCACAAGACUUGGAAAAGAUCUUCAGAGGGGCAAAUCCACUGGCUGUUGAUCUGCUGAAGCGUAUGCUGGUUCUGGACUGUGACGGGAGGAUCUCGGCCAGUGAGGCUCUUUCCCACCCCUACUUCUCACAGUACCAUGAUCCAGAUGGGCCAGAGGCCCCGCCUUAUGACCAAACGCUGGAGAGCAAAGACCGAACUUUAGAAGAAUGGAAAGUUGGUAUUGAAGAGGUGAACAGCUUCAAAGCAUCUGGCAGCAAGACUGAUAGCCUUCAGGUGGAGCAGUAAGCCUUUUUCUGCUUGGAGAAGGACCAUGUAGUCAAUAAAUGCAAGGAGGACUGGAAAAACAACUGAAGGAAAUGUGUUUGAUUCCUGUCAUGGGUUGACUGAGGAGCAGGGCAGGAUGGUCUCCAUGGGAUCACAUGUGCACAUUACAAUUACAGGGAGCAUUUUAGAGUAAGAAAAAAAAAAAAAAGAUUUCACCAGUGCAGAAAGUUGCUUCCUGUUAUAGUUCCACUCACUGAGGGUAAAAUGAGGGAACUGUUCAAUAUCAGGGGCCAUGAGGAUGUGCGGAUUCAUAUGAGGGAGCAACUUUAAGCCACUGAACUGUGUUUACAGACUGACAGAAAGGUACUGAAAGAAAAAAAAAUGCACACUAGGAUUUCCAAAGCAACAACAGGAAUGCUGUGUCAUCAUCAAGACGAAUGCCAUGAACAUUUAAAGCUUUCAUAUAUAAAAAUCAUGCUUAAAGGCUUGCAGCGAUGCCAUUUCACAUCACAGAACAGCUUAGCAUUUAGCCUGCAUACUACUGACGCAUGAUUUUGUGCAUUUUAUUGUUAAAGCAUAUUACUGGUGGUGUAUUAUAGCCACUGCUUACUAUGUCUGCCACACUGCUAUUAAACCAGUUUGGGGUGAGAGAGAGGCAUUACCAGGAAAUGUGACCGACUUUCCACCUGUUCUGUCUUUAUAAUUUAUGUAGAAAAAAAAGAAAAAAAACACAAACAACAAAAGCACUGUUCUUCCGUGGAUGAAAGUCAUCCUACCCUAACAGAAUAGUAAACACCAACUGUGCUAUUAAUUAGCAAGAUAAUAAUAUAUCCCAAAGCUGAACAGAGUGACUGUGCUGCAGAUCUGUGUUUACAGUGUGAUCUUUUUUUCUCAUAUACAGUUUCCGCUGACAGCUGAUCACCUGUUGGCUUUGGCACUGCUCUGUAAGGUCUCCAUACAUCUCUGCUUGCAUGCAUAUUACAUUGUCCUGUGUUACAUUGAAAUAACAACACAGCUCCCCUUUGUGUUUACAAUUGUUAACAUUGCAGACCUUGUGCAAACUGUCAGAAUCAGUUUCCCAGAAGGUGUCUAACAAUGCUGGAUAAUAAUCUGUUAUGCAACUUGUAGCUUCAUCCAAGCAUUGACUGGUCAAACACCACAGGCUGAUGAUUCACAGAAAGCAGCCGUAUUUGGCUGCAUGUGGCAACCAGGGAGCUCAUUAGUCAUCUUUCAUGUUACCUAAGCUUUGUUUUUAAUUUCCAUAAGUUUUUUUUUGUGUUUUUUUUUUACCUCCAUUGCAUGCAUUUUAGCUUUGCUGCAGUUAAAAGCAACAAUAAAAGUGCAAAAUUUAAUAUAAAUAUUCAUGCUAAGCAACUCCCCGAAAGGAAACAUUUGUGUAAGAACAAACGCUCAAUGCAUCUGUGGGUUUUUAUAGCAAAUGGGUGACUUCCCCACUCAUGUGUCACACAUCUUGCCACAAACUUGUGUUUCAGUUCUACUUUUUUUUUUUUUUUUUGGUGGGGUUGAAAUAAUAUGAUUGUAUUAAACCACAGUGAGCAGAGCCAAGAAACCAGAGAUUUUCCACUGAAGGUCAGUGAAAAUAUCAAAGGUUGCAUCUGAAGGUGAAUGCACCAAACUACAUACAUAAAUAUUAGGUUUAAAUUCUCCAUGCUGAAAUGAACAAGAAGCAAAGUAAACUAGUUGGAAGAUAAAAACUUUAUUUACAUUCAUAUCUGCUGCUGAUGUUUAUUUCAGUGUGUAGACUAUUUUGAUUAACGUUGGAUAUGUCAGCUAUAAAGCAGAUCGGUAAAUUGGUUUGCCUAACUGAUGCUAAAAUGUUGAGUAGCAGCGCAACCAUUCAUGGGACUAGCUAAGAUGUUACUGUAGCCGCUAUUAUAGCCUAGCUCGCUGGCUAAUCUAGCUAGUAUUGAUAUUGUUCUGUCGUUAAAGAAUGAACGAUAUAUAUGAUUGUACCCAAGCUCAUUUAAAGUCUAACACUACAGUAUAUGUUCUGAAUUUUAGUUGGUAUCUUGAGAAAUAAACUGCAGGUAGCUUCAUAAAAUGAGCUCUGUUCACGCGUACACAGGUAUUUUAGUAAAUGUAGUUUUCUCUGCAUUCGGCCUUUUGUCCAUACAUAAAUCACGUUUAAAGUCAGUGAAAACAGAGCUUAACAUCAUUAUUUUGUGUGUGUUUUCAUGUGAAUGGAGAUAUUUUUUAACAACAAAAGCGUAAAAUCUGUGUUUUAAAAAAAUAACUGUGCACAUGUGGACGUAGCCCUAUGUGCUCCAUCAUAGUAAUACAAAGUCUUCUGCGCUCCUUGAUUCAGUCUGCUCACGUUAAACUCAACCGAGAUUAUUUCUGCAUGAAGAAUUUUUUUGAAGAACACAAGAAAUGUAUUCUAUUAUUCUAUUAUUCUUAUCUUUUUCCUGUCUUUCCCCCCAUAUUGGUUCACACUGGAGUGCUACAUGUAGCCUUUUGUGCAAGCUCUUCACUAACACUGGAUGCAAAAUGUUAAAUUUGAAGUUUAAUCAAAACCGUGUGUCUCAGUCAAAGCGUGAACUCUGAAUGUUACAGUGUUAUGUGCUUAUGUUGUAUAUGUGGUGGAUCUGAUUAGCAGCUGCAAACUGAAUGUACAUGUAUGUUUGUUACAAGUUAGGGUUGACUUUUGAAUACAUGGUGGCAUGUGAGUCAACUGUAGUCCUGAGUUUCAAAUCACUAAAAUGAAUGUUGGCUGUCAGUU